AUGGAGAGUGUCGAGAGGGAGCCCAAGAGGCGUGGGGGAGGAGGGGCCAGGAGGCGGCACGAGGCUACAAGCUCAAGUGGAGGAUGCAAGGUUGCAUAUUGUAACCCACUCUCCGUCUCCGCAGGUGAGAAGUGGUAUAAGCGCCACCUGAGGUACCGCAUCAUGAACUGGCCGCGCCACCUCUCCCAUGAUGCCGUGCGUGCGGCGGUGCGGACGGCCUUCCAGCUGUGGAGCAACGUGUCGGGCCUGGUCUUCCAGGAAGUGCUGCUGGACACGCCCACUGACAUCCGAUUGGCUUUCUACGAGGGAGAGCACAACGACGGCUCACGCAACGCCUUCGACGGACCAGGUGGUGCCCUGGCCCAUGCCUUCUUCCCAUUCCGAGGUGAGGCGCAUUUCGACAUGGCGGAGCGCUGGACCCUGACCGGCCUGAAGGGACACAACCUCUUCUUGGUCACCGCCCACGAGAUAGGACACACCCUCGGACUAGGCCACUCUCCUGUUCGUCAUGCUCUCAUGUCCCCGUACUAUAAGAAGCUCGGACACACACUCCUGCUCUCCUGGGACGACAUCAGCGCAGUACAGCAGCUCUACGGGAGGCCCCCUGGUGGUCGCUUGGUGCAGUUGCCCGGCCGGGCGCUCAGCUGGGUGAUGAAGGACUGGGACAAACCGGAGAGCGGAGAGCAGCCAACCUACUGCAGCACAGGGUUCGAUGCAGUUACUAUGGACCUGAACGGCACAGUGCUGGUGUUUCGCGGUAACUUCUUCUGGUCGGUGAGUCCCGAGGGGGUAGCCGGUGCCCCCACCCCCCUGCAGCAGCGCUGGCCUCAACUCCCAUUGGCCAUCGAGGCAGCUGCCUUCUCCCCAUUGGACGGGAAGCUCUACUUCUUUAAAGGUAAGCGCAUGUGGCGUUACUCGGGCCCCGUGCUGGACUCCGGCUUCCCGCGGCGCAGCGCGGACUCGGGCCUCCCCCGCCACCCGGACCUCGCCUUCUUCUACGCCCCCCUAGGGCACAUGGUGGUCUUCAAGGGCGCGCGCUACUUCGUGCUGAACGUGGCGACGCUGCGCUCGGAACCCUACUACCCGCGCCGCCUGGCCGACUGGACCGGAGUCCCUCGCGGCGCCAACGGAGCGCUGCCGCGGCCCGACGGGAAGCUCUUCUUCUUCCGGGAGCAGCGCUACUGGAGGUUCGAGCCUAAGAAGGUGCGCGUGACCCGCACGGGCCGGUGGAGCCAGGAGCUGCCGUGGACCGGGUGCCGGAAUCAGAACCAGAACCACCAGAGACCGCCACUCAGCAACGAGAUCAAAUAACGUUAAAUAACGUUAAAUAACAUCAGAGACCGCUCAGCAACGAGAUCAAAUAAUAUAAAGAUAACAUCAGAGACCUGGACGAGGAACACUCAGAAACGAGUAGGAGCGCCGCCAGAAAUUUUGGGCUUCUGUGUCUCAUAAUACACCUGGACGAGGAUCGUUUUUGAAGACUCUAAUUCUGUGUCUGAGAUGGUGCACUUGUGCACUUCGAUUGGGCACUAUGUUUCACUGUGUAAAUAAUAGAGACAAGGAACUUAUUUUUUUUAAGACUUUUGAACGGAGAGAGAGAGAGAGACUAGGAAAAGAUCGGCAAAUGACCCGGGCCGGAAUAGGUAGGGUCUGGACGAGGAACGUUUACUGUGGUCCAAAUAUCAGCCAUAGCCUACCAGCGAAGCCCUUUAUUGUACAACAGUGCACAACAUGAGGGACAACGAACACACAAUGGAGUGCCCCCUGCUGCCCACAUUGUGUAGGUGUAACAGCGAAAUGCAUUGCAUUGAGGACGUGCACUAAUGACCUACAAUCAAGUUUUUUUUGUUGUUUUUUUUUUUUAACGGUUCGACUACGAAAAUUAAUUUCCCCGACUAAAUGUUUAAUGAUCAAUCAUCGGUUAAUCGGUUAAUUAUGCCCACACAGUAUUAAAACCGACUGCUGUAACUAAAUGCGAUUGUGCACACUGCGAAUGACGAAGGACACCACAGAGUGUCACAGAGAUACUGUACAGUGUACACCAGUGAUUCUCAAAGUGUGGUCCGGGCAGAAACACUGGUGUACACUAAUGGUGGAGGACAUAGACAUGGGAGGCCGUGGCUCUAGAUUAACUAGGGUUAGGGUUAGGGUUAAGAUUUAUUAUCUUACUAGCCAAACACAUGCCCUCUAAUACAGUGUUUCCCAACCUUUUUUGUCUCGCGUACCCCCUAAGCCAUUUUGUUGUACCAUGAGUACCCCCUAACCAAUGCUACAGAUCUAUGUCUUUAUCCCCACUCAAUUGUCCCCCAUUCAAAAUGGCAUUUUUCCACGUACCCCCUGAGGUGUGCUCGCGUACCCCUAGUGGUACACGUACCCCUGGUUGGGAAACACUGCUCUAAUGGGUCAACGUGGCUAGUAAGUUUUCUUUUCUACCAGUAUUUAUGACUCAGGCCGAGUCCAAGGUGGACCGGUUGUCAGUGGCCGCUCAGCUACGGCAUCAAGAC